AUAGAAUUACUUUUUAUUUACCUGGACAUCUUGUUUUUGCUAGAAAGGAAGUCCAAUGAGAUUUUGUUCUCUCUCUCUAAUUUAGAAGUUUGCUGAAAAAGACAAGCACUUGCAUUUCUUGUUUGAGUCAAACGAUACUGGUUAUUACUGGCUUGCGUAUGACUACAGAAAAAUGAAUUUUGCAAUAUUUCUUUAAAACAUUCCAACUUCAUGAAAACAAACGAUAAGGACAAGAUAAACAUCAAAAUUUCACCCUUGUAUAUAUGUUCGUUGCAAUGGAAAGUAACCUUUGUUUUAUAUUGUAGUUUCCAUUUACAAAUUUGCAAUUGCAACCAUGUUGUUGCUGCUAUUCCUCUAUACCUUCCUAGACAAAGCCUCUUCAACCUUUCUUAUUGAUCCACGCACUUUUUCUUUCCCGUCCUUUGAUCCUAACAGUUGCACAAGUGGCAGCUUAAUCUGCAUGGGCUCCGUGACAGCAGGCAAUGGAUACCUGAGCCUGACACCAGAGCCUAACAACAAUUCAACUUCACCACUAGAGAAGGUUGGUCGGGUUCUAUUCCACCACCCUGUGGUUGCCUGGCCAGCCUCUUUCUCCACCACCUUUACCAUCAGGAUUUCUCCCUUCCCAAAUUCUAAUGUCUCUGGGGAUGGUAUGGCUUUCAUUUUUGCACAAGAUAAUGCAAGUUCACCACCUUCCAGCACUGGAUCAUAUCUUGGCAUCUUGGGCCCAUCAACUCAAGGUGGCGUGGUUCAGCAGUUAGCUGUGGAGUUGGAUACUUACAAGAAUGAAUGGGAUCCAGAUGCAAACCACAUUGGUAUCGACACAAUAAGUAUAAUUAACCCAGUUGCUGCUGAAAGCCUUAACGCUACAGGUAUUGAUCUUAAAAGUGGAAGAAACAUCAAGGUUAGGAUCGAUUAUCACGGUUGGAAAAAGCUGCUCGAGAUAUCUAUGGCAUACUCUGGGGACAUGUUAGUGAGCGUACUUAACCACUUUAUUGAGAUGGAAGACACAGUUCCAAGCAGUGUCUUUGUCGGCUUCACUGCAGCAACUGGCCGAGUCCCAGAGAGCCAUCAUGUCCUUGAUUGGACUUUCUCAACAAUUCCAUUGCCGGAUCUCAACAACCAUGGCUCCAAAUACGAUAAGAUGAAAACUAUUUUGUUGAUCGUUGUUCCUCUCAUCAUGGGAUUAUUGAUUGUAUUAAUAUGCUUUCUCCCAUCAUUUCGAAGACUUGUAAAAAGGAAAAAGGAGAUGGUUAAGCAGAAAGUUGAUAUUGAAAUCCGAUCGAGAACUGCGGCAAACGUGCCGAAAAUGUUCACCCACAAGAUGCUUGCAAAGGCUACUCAUAAUUUCAGUAAGGAAAAUCUGCUUGGAACUGGUGGAUUUGGAAGUGUUUACAAAGGAACCUUAAAAGGUGAUCCCCCAACAAUCGUAGCUGUUAAGAAGAUUUCAGCAACUUCAAAACAAGGUGAGAAGGAGUACUUUGCGGAAAUAUGUACCAUAGGGCGGCUAAGGCACAAAAACAUAGUGCAACUCCAAGGGUGGUGCCAUGAAGGCGAACAUCACCUCUUGGUCUACGAGUACAUGCCGAACGGGAGCCUUGAUCGUUAUAUCGGCAAGCAAUUUCUCGAUUGGGAUACUAGAUUCAAGAUAUUAACAGGAUUAGCAUCGGCAUUGCUUUAUCUCCACGAAGACAGCAGUAACCCCGUCGUUCACCGAGACGUUAAGCCUAACAAUGUUAUGUUGGAUGAGGAAUUCAAUGCUCAUCUAGGUGAUUUUGGGCUAGCAAGGUUGCUCCAGAACGAUGACUCGGUGACAACCAUGUUAGCAGGAACUCCAGGAUAUUUGGCUCCAGAAUUAGGCUUCACCGGGAAAUCAACGCCGGAAUCUGAUGUUUAUAGCUUCGGUAUGGUAGUAAUUGAAGUCGUUUGUGGGAGAAGAUCAAAGGGAAUUAUGGACGAAAACAGCUUAGUGGAUUAUGUAUGGAAUUCAUAUGGUCAAAAUGAACUGCUAAACUGUGUGGAUCCCAAGCUAGGAAGUGAAUUUGAUGAAGAACAAGUAAAGAGGACAUUAAUAGUUGGUCUUGCUUGCCUGCAUCCUGAUUCUACACAACGUCCCAAGAUAAGGAAAGUGGUUCAAAUAUUCCUGAACCCUGAUGAACCUUUAAUGGAUUUGCCAGAAUCACGACCGAGUGCUGUUUAUAUAACAGUUUCUUCCUCUGGUUCCACCACCACAACCAAUAUUGAGUCCAAGAGUGCCCCACAGUUGCCUUCACUUGACUCAUCAAAAGCUGAUGACGUUGUUCUUCAAUGCGAUUUCUGACGCGCAAGGUUCUUCGAUUUUAUAGGGAUUAAAAGUAAAUAAAUGCAUUUUCCCCAACAUUUUUAUGAGAGUAAAAUCGAUGUAAAAUAUAUAUUCUUUCCCGUUAAUAUUA